AUGGACGUGUGUCUGAGCUCCACGCAGCAGCCCGGGAGCUUUGGGGAAGCACCAAGGACCCCAGGUGGCUGGCUAGAGGCAGAGAAGAAGGGAACUCUCCAGGAAGAUGGCACCGAGGGACCCCCAGGAGGUAACCUCCUUGUCACCACUUCAACACCUUCUCGAUUGUUUUCCUGUGUAUAUUUGUGCUGGACUUGUAAUAAAACCCAUUUUAUUUUCUGCUGCCCAGGUUCGAACAAGAUAGAACCAUCUCUUCAAAGCCUCCAGAAAUUUGUUCCCACAAAUUAUGCCAGUUACACUCAAGAGAAUUAUCUGUAUGCAGGCAAGAAGAUUGUCAUUCAAGAGUCAAUAGAGAGUUACGGAUCCGUGGUCUGGCCAGGGGCUGUGGCUUUGUGUCAGUAUUUGGAGGAACACACAGAGGAACUGAAUCUCCAAGAUGCUAAAAUACUUGAAAUUGGUGCUGGACCAGGCCUUGUUUCCACUGUGGCUACUAUUUUAGGUGCUCAAGUCACAGCAACUGAUUUGCCUGAUGUCCUAGGAAACCUUCAAUACAAUCUUUUAAAAAACACACUAAACUGUGCAGCACACCUGCCUGACGUGAAAGAACUGGUAUGGGGAGAAGACCUGGAACAAAACUUCCCCAAGUCAACUUUUUACUAUGAUUACGUUUUGGCCUCUGAUGUGGUCUACCACCAUUACUUCCUGGAAAAGCUGCUCACCACCAUGGUCUAUUUUUGUCAGCCAGGGACAGUGCUGCUUUGGGCAAACAAGUUCAGGUUCAGCACUGAUUAUGAAUUUUUAGAUAAAUUCAAGCAAGCGUUUGAGACAACACUCUUGGCCGAAUUUCCAGAGUCAUCAGUCAAACUUUUUAAAGGGACACUAAAAUGGGACUGAAUUAAACAAAAUGCCUUUGAAAAAUAUUAGUGUGUCUUUUGAGCUGUGUUAGAAACUGUAUUGGCAAACAGACUGUUAGUGAAUUUCCUUUAUAAAAUUGAGAAGACAGUUCAUAGGAACAACUUGUUUGGCUAGAAUAAAUGUGACAAUAUUGUAAUAUGAUACUGUAGCCAACUAGCUAAAUUAAAUUAAGAUUAUCUGGUUAACCUAAAUAUUUACAAAAAGUAACAUAAAAACAUAAAAGUAGCUUUCAUGACUUCCAACAAUCUCAAUUAAGUGUUGUAUAAAUAAAUUUUACAUGAACAAAUUAAUAAACAAGUGGAUUUCUCCCUUGUUUCUGCUGUAUCGCAUGGCUUUACACUUGUCAAUAUACUUUUGUUAUAUGCUUUUUGAAACUGAGCCAGGUACAGUCAUUAUACCUUAACUUGAUAAAUCUGUUUAUAUGGAUUUUAACUGUAGCAAAAAGAGAGAAUACUGAGUGAUAGAAAACAGCUACAGGUUUAUCACUGAUUAAGUAUAAAAAAUAUGGAAGCAGU